AUGUUCAGCCUGGCCAGCUUUGUCGAAGAUAUGAAUCACGCAUGGCUUGUCGUCAACCGUGAUCUCCUUCCGGUAGCCGUUCUCAAUGCUAGAGUCGAACUAUAUCUCGUCAUCACGCCUUAUGUUGUUGCGAGUGGCACCUACCGUGUCAGCAAAGUGACCAAGAGAGAAACUGUUGCAGAGAGAUGUCUUGCCAACGCCACCACUUCCUAG